AACACAACCACAGAUUUAGAUAAAUUUGAGAGACUUAGGUCCUGGUUCUUUUCAAUUUUAUUACUAACUUCAAGUGUCACUUUAGGCAAGUUACUUCAUCUCCUGGGGUCUGUCCCCAGUCUUUAAACUGCGGGGCUGAGGCCAAGUGUUUUGUUACAGCUCUAAUUAUGUAAAAGUGCAAAAAGAAGGACUGCGGUGACAUAACUGUGGUAUAAAAGGUUGUGGGUAGUGGGAUGAGAGGGCACAGCUUAAUGUAAAAAGGAGGACUCAUUUUUUUUCUUUUUCUUUGUUUUCCAGGUUAUAUUUCACACUAUGUGCUGACUGUAUCUACAGAAAAUAUUUAAAAAAAGAUAAACUUUUUUCAAAGAUUUUUGAUUCCAGUGGAAUCUUUGCUUUAGAUAUUUGUGUGUGUGCGCGUGUGUGUUAGUGAAUUGUAACUCCAGAAGCAAUGCCUGUACAAGCUCCACAGUGGACGGAUUUCCUUUCCUGCCCGAUUUGCACUCAGACUUUCGACGAAACAAUUCGAAAGCCCAUCAGUUUGGGUUGUGGCCAUACUGUCUGCAAGAUGUGCCUGAAUAAACUCCACCGCAAGGCUUGCCCCUUCGACCAGACCACUAUCAAUACAGACAUCGAGCUCCUCCCGGUGAACUCGGCAUUGCUGCAGCUAGUGGGUGCUCAGGUCCCUGAGCAGCCGCCCAUCACUCUGUGUAGUGGGGUGGAAGAUACAAAGCAUUAUGAGGAAGCCAAGAAGUGUGUAGAAGAAUUAGCAUUGUACCUGAAACCACUCAGCAGUGCUAGAGGAGUGGGUCUGAACAGCACGACUCAGAGUGUCCUGAGCCGCCCGAUGCAGAGGAAGCUGGUGACGCUGGUCCACUGCCAGCUCGUGGAAGAAGAGGGCAGGAUUCGUGCCAUGCGGGCAGCCCGGUCUUUGGGCGAACGGACAGUCACAGAGCUCAUCCUCCAGCACCAGAACCCUCAACAGCUCUCUUCCAAUCUUUGGGCGGCAGUCAGGGCCCGCGGCUGCCAGUUCCUUGGACCAGCAAUGCAGGAGGAAGCUCUGAAGCUGGUUCUCCUGGCCUUAGAAGAUGGUUCUGCUCUAUCCAGAAAAGUACUGGUUCUCUUUGUGGUGCAAAGGUUGGAGCCUCGGUUCCCGCAAGCCUCCAAAACUAGCAUUGGGCAUGUUGUCCAGCUCCUUUAUCGAGCCUCCUGCUUCAAGGUCACCAAGCGCGACGAAGACUCUUCUCUGAUGCAGCUGAAGGAAGAAUUCAGAACCUACGAAGCGCUGCGGCGAGAGCACGACUCCCAGAUCGUGCAGAUAGCGAUGGAGGCGGGCCUGCGCAUCGCGCCGGACCAGUGGUCCUCGCUGCUGUACGGAGACCAGACCCACAAGUCUCACAUGCAGUCCAUCAUUGACAAGUUGCAGACUCCAGCCUCUUUUGCACAAAGUGUUCAGGAACUAACGAUUGCUCUCCAGCGGACUGGAGAUCCAGCAAACUUGAACCGCCUGCGGCCCCAUUUGGAGCUACUGGCGAACAUCGACCCUAGUCCAGAUGCUCCUCCUCCUACUUGGGAGCAGCUGGAAAACGGGCUGGUCGCCGUGCGCACGGUGGUACACGGGCUGGUGGAUUACAUCCAGAACCACAGCAAGAAAGGAGCCGACCAGCAGCAGCCUCCGCAGCAUAGCAAAUACAAAACGUACAUGUGUCGAGACAUGAAGCAGAGAGGAGGAUGCCCUCGCGGGGCCAGCUGUACAUUUGCACACUCCCAGGAGGAACUGGAAAAAUUCCGUAAGAUGAACAAACGCCUAGUUCCCAGAAGACCCCUGAGCGCCUCUUUGGGCCAGCUGAACGAGGUGGGCCUGCCUGCAGCGGCCGUCCUCCCAGACGACGGCACCGUGGAUCUGCCCGGCAGAAAGCCCCCCGCUCUGCCCAACGGGAUUGUGUCAGCAGGGAACACGGUCACGCAGCUGAUCCCACGAGGGACCGACCCCAGCUACGACUCCAGUCUGAAACCAGGGAAGAUGGAUCAUCUGAGCAGCAGCGCCCCCGGAUCCCCUCCUGACCUGCUGGAAUCGGUCCCUAAGAGCAUCCCUGCCCUAGCUGUGAAUCCGCAUCCUGUACCUCCACGGGGCCUGACAGACCUGCCUCCCAUGCCCGUCACCAAGCCGCUCCAGAUGGUGCCGCGGGGCUCCCAGCCGUACCCCGCGCAGCAGGCCGAUGUCUACUAUCCGGACCCUCGGGGAGCAGCUCCGCCCUUCGAGCCCGCGCCCUAUCAGCAGGGAAUGUACUACCCUGCGCCGCAGUGCGUGUCCCGCUUCGUGCGGCCUCCGCCGUCUGCUCCUGAGCCCGCACCUCCCUACCUGGAUCAUUACCCGCCCUACCUCCCGGACCGCGUCAUAAACCCUCCGUACGGCACACAGCCGCACCAGUACCCGCCCAUGUACCCGCCGCACUGCGAUGGCCGUCGAGUGUACCCUGCUCAGUCUUACCCCAGAGAGGAGAUCUUCCGGGAAAGCUCCAUUGAGAUUCCGCCUCCGGCAGUACCGUCCUACGUGCCCGAGUCCAGAGAGAGGUACCAGCAGGUGGAGGGCUACUACCCGGUGGCUCCUCACCCGGCGCAGAUCAGACCUUCGUACAUCAGAGAGACGCCCUACAGCCGGCUCCCUCCCCCGCCCCAGCCCCACCCCAGCCUGGACGAGCUGCACCGGAGACGGAAGGAAAUAAUGGCGCAGCUGGAGGAAAGGAAGGUUAUCUCCCCUCCGCCGUUUGCGCCCUCACCCACGCUGCCCCCGCCCUUCCACCCAGAGGAAUUUUUGGAUGAAGACUUGAAGGCUGGGAAAUACAAAGGAAAUGAUUAUAGCCAGUACUCUCCCUGGUCAUGUGACACCAUCGGCUCCUACAUUGGAACCAAAGAUGCAAAACCCAAAGACGCUGUGGCAGCAGGGAGUGCGGAAAUGAUGAACGUGGAGAGUAAAGGCGUGCGAGACCAGCGGCUGGACCACCAGAGAAGAGCCACCGAAACCAGUGACGACGACCUCAUCCCGUUUGGAGACCGGCCGACAGUCUCGCGGUUUGGUGCCAUCUCGCGAACCUCCAAAACGAUAUACCAGGGUGCUGGCCCGUUGCAGGCGAUGGCACCUCAGGGAGCUCCCACAAAAUCUAUGAACAUGUCAGACUACAGCCCGUACGGAGCCCACGGCGGCUGGGGCGGCUCCCCGUACUCCCCGCACCAGAGCGCGGCGCCGCAGGCACACUUCGGUGAGAGGGAGAGGGCGUCCACGUCCGAAGCGGCCAGCCACGGAAAGCCCCUUCCGCCCGCUGACAGGGAGCAGCUGCGCCUGGAACUGCAGCAGCUGAACCACCAGAUCAGCCGGCAGACCCAGCUGCGCGGACCGGAGAGGGAGGCGAGCACCCUGGCAAGCCAGCCGCAGGCCCCGCCAGCACCGCCGAAGUGGCCUGGCAUGAUCUCGAGUGAGCAGCUGAGCCUGGAACUGCACCAGGUGGAGCGGGAAAUCGGGAAGAGAACCCGGGAGCUGAGCCUGGAGAACCAGUGUUCUCUGGACAUGAAAAGCAAAUUGAAUACAAGUAAGCAAGCAGAAAAUGGACAGCCGGAACCCCAAAAUAAGGUUCCAGCUGAGGACCUUACAUUGACAUUCAGUGAUGUACCCAAUGGAUCGGCCUUGACACAAGAGAAUAUCGGCCUCCUGUCAAACCAGACCAGCUCUCUGAACCUGUCGGAGGACCCCGAGGGAGGAGGGGACAACAGCGACUCCCAGAGGCCAGGGGUCGCGCCCAGCCCUGCUCCCUGAAGCAGGAAGAGCCGCACUCUCGCCUCUCCCGGAGGAAGAACACUUCUCCGGAAGGAAGACGGAACUGCGACCCCUGCGCGCGCCCGCCCUCUGGGAGCGGCCGGAGGAUGCGCCGGAGCGCAGCGGCUGCGGCAGCCUUGUGCGCAGACCCCACUGCUCCUGGCCGGCCCUGCGCAUCGCUCACACCAGUGCAUUUUUUAAUUUAAAAAAAGAAAAGAGAAAAAGAAAAUUAGCAGUAUCUGCAAGCAAUUCAGAUUAAAUUUGUUUUUGUUCUGUGAAUGAACUUUAUUUUAAUAACUUUGGACGCCUUGGAUCCAGGGCUUUAAAAAAAAAGAAGAUAUUAUAUAUACACUCUGUUUGAUUAAUUGUAUGAUCUUAAUGAAGUAGGCUUUUCUUGUAUUUUGGUAUUAUUACAUACCCAGUGUAUAAUUCCUGCCCCGCAGUCCUUUCCCAGUCUCUCAACCCCGUAAGUUAAAACAGACAAAAAGCCCCGGCCUUUCUGAGAAGUCCGUGGUGCCGGGCGGACAGACAGACAGACAGCCGCAGACUGGCCGUUGGAAAAUGUGCAGCGGACCGGGUUUUCUGGGCGAGCUGCUCUUCGGAAGCCGCCACGGUCCUUCCCUCUCGGGGGCGCCCCUCCCGUGUCGUGGGCGUGUGUUCCCGUGUCAGUGAGACCGUGUCGUCGUCGUUGUUCCGGGGUGUUCCGGCAGUUCUUGUUUUUGUUUUUAGCUUGUCAGAUAGUUACUGACUUUUGUGAGUCCUUGUUUUCCAUAGAACGGAUCCUUUUCACACACUUGGCGGCAGCCCAGCCAGUGCCGGUGUCCCCGAUCAUUAGUCGGACUCCAGCAGUGGGGACUCUUUAGAGACGGACCGUAACCGGUCAGCCCUGAAGAUACACGCCCAGGGCAUCCCCUCUGUCGAGCUGAUGGCUGGGACCGUUGAUCUGUGCUUUUCCAAACUGGACUUUGGCCGAAAUGGUAGAAUGUUAAAAACCCAGGACAGUCGGCACUUGAUUUGAGCUUAACAGGGACAGAGCCGCAUUAUUUCACUGGAUGCUUUUGCUUUACUCUCAAAACCCAAAAGUCUGGAAUAGCAUCUCUCCGCAGUGGCACCCCGGCUUUCAGAGAGGUUUGCCUGGAUCUCGAGGAUGGUCUGUGAGCCGAUGAGUCGUUGCUGUCCGGAAUCAUUAGCGCAGGAAGGCAGUAAGUACCAAGAAGCCGGGGUCUAGAGACUUGGCUUUGCGGUACUGAAAAGGUUCUUCGUGACAGUGUUGAACAGAAUACAGAAGGACUUCCGUUAUUUGGCUCCACUGCACAUAUUCUGACGGCGCGUCUGUGCUGAGCUGAGACCCUACCCGACCCGCUCAGUGGGGACCCCUCGCUGUGGCUGUCCUCCCACCCCUCUGUGUGCCCGAGGUUUUCCGAUUCCCCUUUCUGGGUUAACUACUAAAAACAGAAAGCACUGGUUAUGUAAUAAGUUACUGCAUUGCUUUGGUUGGGUAAAAGCAAGAGUUUGUAUUUUUCUUGUUUCUUAUUUUCUUAACCCUCAACUCUUGCUGAGGUCCUCACCGCCUCAGUCUAAGCUCUGUGUCCAUCAUACUGUUCGCCGAAACAGCCCGGGGGGGCGGGGGGAGGGGGGGCAGUCCUGCCAUUGCCUACCAGUAGGAGAGUCCAAACCGAACACUCUUUUGAGUAGCGAUUAUUUAAUUUGCCCAGUCAAGGCACCGCGUUUAUAUACUAUUUCACAUUGAAUUUGAUUAUGCCCUGCAGACCUGGCUGGUCAAGGAUUUGAUAUACACAUAUUGGCUUGGGAUUCGAGCUUUCUUUUUUAUUUAAAUAAAAAUUUAUAUAUAUUAUAUAUAUACACAUAUACAUAGCUAUAUCUGUAUAUAUAUUGGGUAUGUUUUAAGGAUUUUUUCGCAUGAGCGCAGCUGUUGCGAUAAAAUGACUGAUUGGGAGGUAGAAGCACUGAAUAAAGAUGAGGCGUUUUUCUUUGGAAUCCAUAUUUUCCUGCUUUGUCAGUACACUUGCUUUUUUGUUUCUGUUUGUUUUGCUUAAAACCCUUUUAUAUUGACUCUUUAAGUGCUUAUUGUGUGUUUUUUUGUGGGGGAGAAGGAGCAGAGGUGUGUCCAACAGGGUCCCAGGAGUCUCCGCCCCUCCGUGCCACAGGGGGGCCACGCCCCCGGCCCCCGGCCCCCGGCCCCCAGCCUUGUGCGGGCGGAGUCCGCACGGCUCCCUUCUCCUCUGGACGGUCGGGCGACUCCGGACUUUUAGAAGCAGUCGGUUCCCUUUGGAACCCAAAAUGAUUUUAGUAUUGGAAGGAAGCUUGUGGGCCUUGAUUUUGUUCAAGUUC